GGCCACGACACGGGACGCAGCGACGGGGGCCGUAUCCUGCAGCAUGUUCCCGUGGCUCCUCCUGGCGCUGAGCGUCUGCGUCUGGCCCAGCACAGGUCUCCCACCGCGCCACAUGGACUCCGUGGUUCAGAUCGUGGAAGCCCUUGAGUCGACCGACCACGGCUUUACCGGCACCGUGCCGGAGCUGGCGCGGGCGCUGGGUGGCUGCAGCACCCCUGGGUGCCGUGCGGUGCUGGGAGAGCCACCCGAUGUCCCACCAGCCCCACCAACGCUCAGCCGCGAGCAGUGGCUGCUCUUCACCCAACUCCUCCGCCACGACGCCGCGGCACCCGAGCGCGGCGCGGUGCUGGCACCCGACGGCUCCACCGUCGCCCUCGGUCCCCUUCUUGCCGGCAUCGAGGUUGGCCUCAAGCGGGCGACCGGGUGGCCCGUCCCCGCCGUCGAGCCACCCGUCGACGCGCUCUACGCCGUCACCAUCGCCGAGGCUUUGGGGACAUCCUUCCUCUUGGCUCGUGACGGUGACGGCAACCGAGCCGCGCUGGGACCCGGCGGCUGUUGGGAUGACGUGGAUGACCCCCAAAACUACACCCUGCUGGGACCCCCGUCACCCAUCCCUGAUGCUAUCGCCAACGGGGCGAUGGAUGGGGUGCUGUUGGGUGCACGCCUGGCCCGAGCACCCAUCCCGCUCGCCGACCUUCUCCGGGGCUACUACGGGACAGGCAACGGCACGGAGAAGGGGCGACCCCCCAGCAGUUACCGGCGGCGAGAUUUUGGGGUGCUGACGGGGCCGGAGAAGCUGGAGGAGGAGGUGGCGGCGAUGCUGAGGGUGCUGCGGGUGCUGCCACCCACCCGGGAGCUCUUGGAGGACGUGGGGCCGGAGGAGGUGGUGGCCAUCGCUCGCCAAGCGGCACGGGACUUCACGGAGGUCUACGUGGAGUGCCCGGCCAUCGUACCCCGGUGCAUGUGGGGUGCCCGUCCCUACCGCGGCACCCCCAAACUCCUGACCCUCCCCUUGGGCUCCGUCUACAUCCACCACACCUUCGUACCCAGCACCCCGUGCCGCACCUUCGCCGCCUGCGCCCACGCCAUGCGCUCCAUGCAACGCUUCCACCAAGACACCCGCGGUUGGGAUGACAUCGGUUACAGCUUCGUGGUGGGGUCGGAUGGUUACCUGUACCAAGGCCGAGGUUGGCACUGGGUUGGUGCCCACACCAAAGGUUACAACAGCAAAGGCUACGGCGUGGGCUACGUUGGAGACUUCUCGGCCACCUUGCCGGACCCUGACAUCAUCGCCCUGGUGCGGGACGGGCUCCUGCCGUGCGCCGUGAGGACCGGCCGGCUUCACCACAACUACACCCUACGCGGCCACCGCCAGAUGGGUCACACCGACUGCCCCGGCAACUCCCUCUUCCGUGAAAUUGAGACCUGGCACGGCUUCAAGUGAGGAUCAGCCCCGUGGGUCCUGGUCUGGAUGGGUGCGGGCAAGGUUGGAUCAUGGUCUAGAUGGAUGCUGGCCCCAGGGGUGAUGGUCUAGAUGGAGCCUGGUCCAACAGAUGUUGGUCUGAUGGAUGCCAGCCCGGGUGGACCCUGGUCCAGAUGGAUACGAGUCCCAUGGGUGCCAGCCUGGGUGGACCCUGGUCCAGAUGGAUACGAGUCCCAUGGGUGCCAGCCCGGGUGGACCCUGGUCCAGACAGAACCUCACCCAAUGGAUGCCAUCAUGGAUCGGCCCUGGUCCAGCUGGACACCAACCCAACGGAUGCCAACCCUGAUGGACGCAGGCCCAGAAGAAUUCCAGUCUUGAAGGCUACCAGCCUGGACAGAUCCUAGCCCAGAUGGGCACCAGCCCAGACGGAUCCUGGCCCCACUGGCCCAGCAGACCAUCCCCGUAGCCACAAACCACUAGAAAUCCCCCCGCAAUAAAGUCAAUGCCAGGACGUCA